UUUUUAUAGCUCAUUGAUAUAUUGCAAGGAAAAGGUUUUUGGAAGAACCCUGGAAAGUCUAAUAUGGUUGAUAAAACCAUUAGUCUAAAAAAAGCAAUUGCUGACGUAAUAAAAACUGUUGAACUCUGGAAUCUGAUGUUGAUUUUAUCAUUGUAUUGCCAUUUAAUUAUAAUAAUCCUACUGACAAAUUUGUAA